GCGGGAGAGGGACAACACGGCGGGGGAAGGGAGAGGGCGAGACGGGCGAGAGAGGGUUGGGAAGAGGGGGUGGGGUGAGAGGGGAAGGGGGGGGAGGUGGGGAGGGAAUACAAAAAACACGAGAGAAAGUGAGGAAGGGGAUGAUGUUGAAAUUCGAGAUCGGGAGGUGGAUACUGCCAUUAUCAGAACAGACAGAAAAGGCGCCACUCUGCUGUGCUGAGUCACAGAUUUCUCAGGCCGCUUCCUUCUUCUGAAGUUUGCUUCGGCCUCAGCUCGCGCAUCACCGGCGUGAAGAACACGUUUUUUUUUUUGUACAGCAUCUCUCCGCCUCCCUGUCAUCCCGCUCUUUUGUCUGUCUCUUCCUCCUCCUUCACCAUGCUCCUCGUUAGGCUUUGUAUGUAAUUUUCUUCGCUUCCUCCUUUCUCUCCCUCCAUUUCACCGCCAAGUGAAAUUUUCUUUUAUCUGUGUCUCCUCCUUCACCAUUCUCCUCAUUCACCGCCAUCAAGCGCCCUCGUGUGCGACGGCCGCUUGUCCAUCGCCGACGACGGCGGCUGAUUCUUUCCCCGCGCUGUCUUUCAUGCCGUCAAUCUUCUUCAUUUGACGCCGCCGUCGAUUUCCGCAGGUCGAUCUCUCGUUGAUUGCACUCUCACUCUCUCCCCGCUCUCGAUCUCGGUGCAUAGCUUCCUUCCCCUCCCCGCUCAUCACGUCCUCCCGCCUUCUCUAGCGCCAAGCAGCACUGCUCAGCCCGAACAGCGGGCGUUCUCUGCCGGCAGCAACGAUGGGUUGGCAGCUGUCCUCUUCUCUAGCGGCGGCGGGAGAUCCUCCUCCUCCUCGUCGCCACGUGUCUGCAUCUCCUCGUCCCUCGUUCGCUUCGUCGUCGCUCCCCGUCGUUCGAUGUUGGAUGGUCGGCUAUCCGACGACGGCAAUGAUUGCUCUUUUCAUCCUCCUUUCGCUUUCGAACGGUUUGACGAUGACAAUGACGGCUGAGGCUCAGUCCAUUGCGUCGCCGAUUCCGGCGGUGAGUGCCGCAUUGCCCACCGCGGUCCCGGGCAGCCCGUCCUUGCCCACCGCUGGCGUCGCAGCUUUCAACUUCACUCUGGCCUUGCAGCUCUCUACUCUCUUCCUCGAUGCGCAACGCUCGGGCGUCAUUCCCGACGACCGCGUUCCAUGGCGCGGGAAUUCUACCCUCAAAGACGGCGCCGACGUCGGUGAGGAUUUGACCGGCGGGUUCUUUGAUUCCGGCGACACGACGAAGACGACAUUCCCGAUGGCUUUCGGGAUAACCAUGUUGUCGUGGGGAGUGAUAGAGUACAGGAACUACUUCGCGCAGGCGGGCGAGCUGCAGAAUGCGCUGCGCUCAAUUAGGUGGGGUACAGAUUACCUGCUCAAGGUGUGGAAGCCGGGGACUUCACAGCUCUACGUUAUCGUCGGAGACAAGUUCAAUGACGACAAGUGCUGGAUGCGCCCGGAGAACAUCCAGACGACGAGAUUGUCGUAUCAGGUAAAUGCGACGGCGCCGGGAACCGACGUCGCAGGUGAGGUGGCUGCGGCGUUUGCAGCAGCCGCGUUGGCUUGGAACAUUCAUGACAGCGAUUACGCCAGUCAGCUGCUGAAUGCGUCUGUCAACUUGUUCGUCUUCGCCAACAACCAGGACCCGAAGGGUAUGUACUCCGAUAGCGUCAUAGUCCCCAACUCGUAUCGUUCAGUAAGUAACUACGGGGAUGAACUGUUGUGGGGUGCAGCAUGGCUGUACAGGGCUACCAACAACGCUAUGUUUAAGAACUAUACUUUGCAAUAUGCGCAGUUCUUGGGGGGGUAUACUGACAGGGGCGAGUUUAGUUGGGACGACAAGUAUGCUGCCGUGCAGGUGCUGAUGGGUCGGGACUUUAUGCUUAAGCCCGCUAUAGAUAGUGAAGGUCUUAUGCUUAGCAAGUAUAAGCAGCUAGCUGACAAUUUCAUGUGUCUUUACCUUGACAGAACGCAGCCGUUCACUCCUGGAGGUCUCUUGUACCUCCGUGAGCAAGGGCCCAUUCAGUACUCCAUAUCCUCCGCCUUCUUGGCCGUAGUUUACGCCGACUACAUGCUGCAGACAAAUCAACAAGGUAUAACUUGUGCUGCCUCCGGCAAUUCCUAUGCCCCGGCGCAUCUAGUCAAUUAUGCCUACUCGCAGGCGCAGUACAUUCUGGGCGCCAAUCCCCUGGGCCUUAGUUACAUGGUAGGGUUCGGUUCCAACUUCCCGCGUAGAGUUCAUCACCGCGGAGCCUCUUUUCCCGAUUAUAGAACUGACCCCACUGUCUAUAUUUGCAAUCUCACUAGUGCGGUCUUGACACUCCCUAAUCCGAACCCAAUCAACGUCACCGGGGCUGUUGUCGGUGGUCCCAGUCCUCUGGAUACUUACAACGAUUCUCGAACGUACGUUAACCAGAGUCAAGUGCAAUUCAGCACAGGAGCGUUGUGGACGUCGCUGCUCGUCCGGCUGACAGCGCCGCCGCCGUCCGCCACGCCUCCGCCUGUCGUUGUCAGCACGCCGCCGCCUACCACCGUCUCCCCAUCAGCGUCCGGGCCAGGGCCAACGACUCCGGACGGGGAGAAUCCCAACUGUCCCGAUCCCGCCGCCAAUGGCUAUCCCGGUGUCAACUACACCAUCGAGACUGUCUUUCAGUACACUAAGUAUGGAGAAAGCGUUGCGCAGUAUCGGUGUAUCAUAUGGAAUAACAAUUUGUGUGCGAUUCGUGAUCUGACCAUCAACUGCGAGAAGUUCAUAGCGACUGAGUAUUGGCAGGUGAGGGUAAUUAGCAAAAACGUUUGCAUGCUGAAGGAGGACAAACCAGUGCUGGCUAUUAUGGAAAGGUAUGAGUUUGGAUACGUGCAAACGACGGCGCUGAAACCUGUUUUCUCCACGAAAUCGUACACCGUUGAGCCGGCGUAGUAGAGGUGGUCGGAUCAUGGCAAUCGCCGAUCUGGUAAAUAGGGGGAAUACAUGAAUAAUGGAUGUUGCAUACGUGGACAUUCUCGAUGGAUGGAUGGAUGGAUGGAGGGAGGGAUGGAGGGAUGAACGGAUGUAGUCUGCAGUCGAACGGAUGGGUGGAUGGACGAAUGGAUGGGCAGACGGACAUGGCAGUAGAGGAUAUCAGAAAGCUUUUUCUAUGGAAGGAUGGAUGGAGGGGGGAAUGGAAGGAUGGAUGGAGGGGGGAAUGGAUGGAAGGAUGGAGGGGGGAAUGUAAGGAUGGAUGGAAGAAUAGAUGGAUGGACUGCUUGGAGUAUGUAGAGAAGGAAUACAUGUAGACUAUAAUUGACACAUUUCUACCAAUAAUCGGUGGAGUCGAUUGACGCGAGCAAACGACAGCCACGAAUGUCGUAAACAGUGCAAUAGCGACAAGUGGGUGCAGUCUUGACGACUGUUUCGAGGGCGUGGUAUGAGCUUAGUGGGAGUGGCAUGUCACAGGCAC